AAAGUGGAGGUCCCAACUCGAGAACCAGGUAGUACGAGCUCGGAAGUGAUAUAAAGGGGAACGUAGUCCCAGCUGAGUUUAACGCACCUGGAACCACAGACAGGAAGACUACAGCGAGACCGUCGGCAAUCCCGGCCAGAAUUUUACAAUCGUCGCUGCUGUGCCACACCAUCAUCAACCACCAUGUCGGUGUGGGCGGUAUUGGCGUUGCUGGGAUUGACGGCGGGCCUGUUGGUCGAGUCUGCAGUACCGGAUCCACCGACUUCCGGUAUAACGACCGUCGGCUCGCUCAAACUCGCGACCGCCGAAGAUUGUGCCGGAGUGGUAGCGUUCUCAGCAAACAAGGCUACCAACACCGACGCCAGGCUCGUAUUUGCUGAAACAACAAUGAACAAGGGAGUCGGCUACAUCGCGGAGACAGGAAUAUUUACGACUCACUGUCCGGGACUCUAUCAAUUCAGUUUCGCGGGUUACGGUAGCGACAAUCUGCGAAUAAGCCUCAAGCGGAAGCUGAACAAAUCGGAGACGUGGACAACGCUCGUGGGUGCUGGACCAGGCGGCGGAUCAAAUUUGAUUCUCAUAAACGCUGACGGAGGAGAUCAAUUUGUCGUUUAUGUCGACGCUGGAAAAGUCACCGAGGGUACUACGUUCUCGGGUUAUCGAUUUGCCAAGAAAUAAAUCAACGAGAAAAAUCCCCGUCAGAGCUCUCGACAAUUAUCACCAAUGCGGUUUAUUCCGAAUUCGCAUUUUAACAACACAACGUAUCAGCGACUUUCACGACCAAUAAAUAUUCACGAAGACAUCGCGAGGAUCACUGAAACUAAAUUUUUACCAUCGCCAAUACGCUGAUCCGUGGCCGCCAACCGAGCUCGACGUAUGGACAUCGAUUUUCAAUCCGACUCGUCGAGAAAACUCAUCAACAACGACUACAAAGAUCGACGAAAUAUUUAUAAGAUUCGACGUUAUUCAUCAUCUGAACUCUCAGGCCAAUUCCUUAAUUCGUUGUACCCCUCUCCAAUUUUCUUCUUUCUUCAACCUCUCUCUUUUCUGGUCUGCUUUUUCCUACAUUCUCAUUCUUUCCUCUCUUGCUCAAUUCUUACCAAUUCUUUUCUCACAACGUCCUUUUAUUUUCGUGAAACUAAUGAUCCGUUGAUUCGGUUUCGUUUUACACAUUGCUACUCUCUACACUGAUCUUUCUUUCACCGCUUUUCAUGUUCUUCAGUCUUUCUUUUCUCUACCUUUCCAUCUUUUGUACCGAAUUUACCUGCUGCACUCCACUAUUACUGCGGCUCCGUGUCUUCCCAUUUCAACUAUUCAUCUCGCUCUCUUUCUUUCUUUCCUUCGUUUUGCCACGCUCUCUUUCUAUCUCGCCGUUUCUUUUCUUUAAUUCUUCGUCCCUCCUGAUUUCUUUCUUUCGAUCUUUUCCUCCUGCUUUUUCUUUUUUACCCUGUCUUCAUUUUUUUCUUGAUCUCGUUUUACUAUUCCUCGCUUCCUCUCUAUCAUUCCCUUUCUCUUUCUCUUAUCUUCAUCUCCAUCUUCCUGUCUCUCGUUGUCUUUUUCUGUCUCUCUAUCUUCAUUUUUUUCUUCUUUUCGUGCUAUUCAACUUUCUCUUUUUUCUUUCUCUCUCUCUCUCUCUCUCUUCCUUGUUUUUUCUCACUACCCAACAGUAUUACAAUCCCAAAAUUGUACGCCAAGUCUUGCCACCGCGUACCGCUCAAAGCCUUUGGAAUCUUUACGCUUUCUAUUUCCAUUCGAAUUACUAUAAUUUCGUGCUCUCAGAUACGAUUCUCUUUUCGCAACUCGUAUUCUGUCUUUUUCAUUCCGUACCUUUUUAUACCAUCGUGCAAUCUCAACUUUCACCUAUUAUCUUCGUUUCUUUCUUUCAAUGCUCUAUAAUCACUCUGUCUUAUUAAUCUUCGAGUCUGUUCUUAUUUUCUCUCUUCCCAUUCUGUACUCUGUGCUUCGUCUUGUUUCUUCUAUUUUCAUGAUUAUCUUUCGAAUUCCUGUCUAAUGUAAAUCUUUAUUUUCCCCUCCUUAUAAAAUGCCGUUGAACCGUCUUUUUUUCUUCUCCCCUCGAUCUUUUUACUGUCUCCAUUUAUCUAAACUGUCUUUUCAACCUCUGCUCUCUUUCUCUUUUUCAUUUUUUUCUCAUCUUUCACCCUCUUCCAUCGCUAUCCGUGUACCUGUUUUUCAUUUUAUCCUACGCGUUUCUAUGAAACUUUACAACUAUCCUUUCCCCUCAUUCUUUACUCUACUUCUCUUAUUUCCUUGUAACUGCGAAGCUCAAUGCUGUGAUUAUUAUAUAUUUGAAUCAACAAAAAACAUCCUCCCGAUCUCUACACUCUUCUGUCUCAUCUGUUUUUUCAAAUCUACUAAAUACUCUUUUUCUGUUUCCUUUACAAUCUCGUUCUCUUUCUUGUUCCUUUGUCUUUCAUGCUUCCUCUCUCAUUGGCCCAACAUCGAUUGGCCCAAAUAUCUUCGAGUGCCACUAAUGAAAUAACAAACAAACGUGGUCUAAACACGUUGCACAAAUGAUUCACGACUCGACUCUAUAAUUCCCAAUUCUCGCUCCUCUACCACCGUCUUUCUCUAGUCCUUACUUCUUCAACGCAUCUACGCUUUAAUCUUUGUUGUUUCGAUGUGAAAUAACGUUGACUUUUUUACCACCUUUUUCCUUUCCUCGAAAAUAUUUCUAUAAAAUGCUGUGAUUUUUAUUUCAUCUCAACUAUAUUGCCUCUCUCUAUCUCUCUUAUUUCGCUCUUUCUGUUUUUAUUUUUUAUUUUUCAUUUUACUGUGUUCUCUCUUCUAUGGUUUUCACAAUAAAAACAAUUCCUCUCGACUACGAAACUCCGUCUGUACCUUAUUCUAUUCUCCUCUCUGCGUCACUCUUUUCAGGCUUUGUUGAAAUCUUUCUUAAUUUCUUCACAUCCCCUGUGUCUAUUUUCUUUCCUUUCAGCUUAAUCAAAUUCUGACUGCCAAUUGAUCUCUCCACUGUUUUCUAAUAUCUUUUUCUUUUUCGGAAUUCUCUUUCCGUACCUUUCAGUCUUUCUUCUCAAUUUUCUUGAAAUCAUUGCUUUUUUUUCUUUUACGACUGCUCUCUGCCAAAUCUGUGCUAUUACUCAAUAUCUCGCUGUUUUUUGUUCUCUGUUUACUGUUUUUCUGUUUCUACGUCUUCUCAAAAACUUUAUCCACUUUACCUUUAUUACUUCAUUUUAAACUCUUGUACAAUUUCUACUUUUUUCUAUCUGCUGUCUGCCUCUUUAUCGCUCUCUCUCUUCUACUUCUGAUCUCUUUUUUCUCCGCAUUCGCUCUUUCUCUCUCCGUUUCCCACUCUUUUAGAAGUUUUCUCAACACUGAUUCUCGUAUCACCGUCGCUACAAAUUUUUGUCGCUCUUACAAAAAAUAUUCUUACUUCUACUAAACUGCAUCUUUCCUCUCUACUUUCAUAUUCUCUUAUUUCCUCACUAAGACUCGUCUUCCUCACUUCGAAAAUAUCAUGAAAACAAAAUUGUACGCGAGAAAUUAAUCGAGGAAAGCUUUUAUAAAAUGUAUACGGAGAUAACCGUGUUAUUCAAAUUAAUAUAUUUCAUUUGAGUCAAAAAGAGAGAAAAAUUUAUAACUUUUUCACUAUCUAUAUUCACAAUGGUCUUGAUAUAUCAAAAUAUUAAAAAAAAAACGUCUCAA